GUUUGAAAUAUCAAAUUAUGGAUCGAUUGUGUUUAUCCCAAGGGUUAAGAGGUGACCAGAUCAGAUCCGAUCGCGUGAUUUUCAAGAGCGAAGGGGGAAAAAGAUUAAUAAAGAAAUGGAAAAACGUUUUCUGAGAAAAUAUCCCAGUUCUAUUAUAUGUUCAAUGUUUGCACAAAGAAAAUCAAAUCAAAUUUUAUUCAAGAAUUUUCAAAAAAUACACAAUUUAUAUAAAGUAAAUUUCAUCACAUCAGACUGCAGUAGAGAAACUGGAAAUGUAAAACAUAAAUUAAAUAUUGGAGUUAUUGGAAUGCCAAUAGCAGAAGGGCAAAAUAAAAUGGGAGUGGAAGAAGGACCUACUGUUCUGAGAAAGUUUGGCUUAAUUGAUAAAUUGAAAUUGCUUGGACAUGAUGUGAAAGACUAUGGAAAUGUUGAAGUAGACAGAAAUAAAAAUGUUGAUGCUUUUAUAAAAAAUAAAACUGCAAAUGCUGAAUUUGUUGGCACUGCAAAUAAAAGGUUAGCUGAAAAAGUCAAUAAAAUUAUACAGGAUGGUAAGAAAUGUCUAACUCUUGGAGGAGAUCAUAGCUUAGCUGUGGGAAGUAUACUUGGACAUCAUCAUUCCAAACCAAAUAUUGGUGUCUUAUUUGUGGAUGCACAUGCAGAUAUAAAUACACCAGAAACAAGUUAUUCUGGUCAUAUUCAUGGAAUGCCCGUGGCAUUUAUCAUCAAGGAAAUGCAGAAAUAUAUUGGCACAUUCCCAGGAUUUGAUUGGAUUAAAUCUUGUAUCAGCAAAAAUAAAUUUGUGUACAUUGCAUUAAGAGAUGUAGAUCCAUUGGAAAGAAGAUUUCUUCAAAAUCUAAGCAUAAAAUACUACACUAUGAGAGAAGUUGAUAAAUUAGGAAUAUACAAUGUCAUUUGUAUGGCUUUAGAAAAUAUUAAUCCUCAUGGUAAUGUACCAUUACAUGUUAGUUUUGAUAUUGAUGCUCUUGACAAAGCAAUUGUGCCAUGUACAGGGACACCAGUUUCUGGUGGAUUAACUUUAAGAGAAGCUGUUGUGAUUGCUGAGGAAGUAGCAAAAACAGGAAAUCUUUCUGCUUUAGAUAUAGUUGAAGUUAACCCAAAACUUGGAACACCACAGGAUCUAGAAAUGACAGUUAAUGCAGCUAUAGAUAUUGUAUCAGCAUUUUUUUAUAAAGAUCGAAUCGGUGAUAUGCUAACUAUAUAAAUAUAUACAACAACAAAAAUUAAUAUGAAUAAAGUAUAUCAAGACAGGACUUACUAAAUAAUUAAAAUAAUUUUUAACUUGAAAAAACAAACCUGUCUGGACAUACAAGAUUCAGACAAAGAUUAUAAUAUAUUUAUAAUGGUACAGUAAUCAUUACAAGAAGUAAAUCUGGAUUUUAACAAAUUGUAACAAAGAACAUUUCAUGUUACCUAUUUAUUAUACAUUUUAUAUUGAAUUUAUGAAGUUCUUCAAAAGCUUUUGUUUUAUAGACGUAUUAUUUUAAUAUAUUAAAAUGUCAUAUUAAUACAAGGGCUAUUUUUUAAAUAAGGUCCGUUUGUGAAUGAAAGUGAGAAUGAUGUGCGAUUGCAGCAGUGUGCAUGAGCAUCUGCUUUCAGCAUACUUUGCAUGUGUUUAGAUGCUAUUUGCAGUCAUAUCGUCUGUCUGUGUGCUGUGCUGUAGAAGUUUAUAAUGUUUAAGAAAAUUGAGUCGCCUGCCAACUGAAA